ACAACCCAAGCUCCUAAGCUCAAUGACCAUUGACCAAUCACAUUCAUUCCCGUACCGUUGGAUGGCACCUUCUUAGUUCUUUCAAAUUCACAUACCUCAUCUUGUAACUUCCUUUUUUUUUAUUUUAGGUGAACUCAUAAUGUAACUUCAAACCCUCGUAUAAAAGCGACGGUGAUUGUUCCCUUCCCGCUCAACCUUCGUUUCAAAAUUUCAGAUCCAACAAUAAUAAUAACCGUAACCGAACGCCAAAUCCAAAUCCAGAUCUAUUCGCAUUUACUGCGAUACUGAUGAGAAGAGAAGAAAAAUCAUGGAUUCCAUUUCUAACAUCCCACUCUUAGAAAUCACAGCCGAAGACGAUUCCCUACUCUUAGAUGCUUCCACCGCCGGAGGUGACUCUGCCGUCUCCUCCGCCGCCGCCGCGUCCACCGUCUUCUCCUGCUCUCCUCUAAUAUCUGUCCGAUCUCUCCCUCGAACAAAUGGUAGGGUUGGUGACGUGAACUCCGAAAACGCCAGUGCCGCGACGCAGAAAGACAGUAAGAACAACAAAGAGAACGUGAUUUGGAACAACAAACCGGAAGCGGCAAAGCUCAGCAUGGAGCCUCAGCAGAUGAAGAGGAAGAAGAAAGAAGGAGGCUACAAUUUGCGAAAAAGCUUGGCGUGGAAUCGUGCUUUCUUCGAGGAAGAAGGUGUUUUGAACCCGUUGGAACUUUCGAUGAUUAGUGGCACUGCCACUCCUAAGAGGCCUAACACGGUGUUGAAAGCUAUCAACGAGGAAGAGCCAGCUAGUGCCUCUAUAGCACUUAAGGAAAUUGAAGAUAAUUUGUUUAAGCAAUCCUCGGAAGGUGUUGUUUGCACUGAAAAUAGAAGCGUUGGUGCUGCUGCUUUUCUAUCUCCCAAAUCUGGAGCAUCAACUAUGCACCUUUUUUUUUAUAUUUGAUUUUGGAUUACCAUA